AUGGCCUUUGCCGAAAUCACCGUCUCACCCAGCACGCCGAUGCCCAGGGAUUACAAGCUCCUCCGCAAGGGCUACGCAUUCAUGACGGCCCUGUGUCGCCGCAAGACCAUGGCCGCCGGCCGGACCCUCUACGUUGUGCGCUCCGGGUCUACGACCAUCGGUCUGCGCGCGCCCCGACACAUCGUUCACGAGACCCUCCAGGAGGAGCGCCAGACGCGCGACGCGCGACGCGACGCGGUGACGGCCCGCAACGAGACCACUCGGUGCGCCUUCGCCGCGGCGCUGCGGCGGCAGUUCCCGGGCAUGCCCGCGGAGGACGCGGAAAAGGUGCUGCAGCGCACGCUCAGGAAGCGCAGCGGCAGGGUGGGAAGGUCGUCGAAGCUGGGCAUCGAGGACAAAGUGCGCCUGGCGGUGGUGGCGCAUGUGCGACAUGCGCAUACGGAGUAUGAUGGGCUUGUCGGGAAUGAGCAAAUGAGCCGUGAGAAUGCAAGAAAGGAAGUGUACGACUCCGUACAGCAGAAGCCAUCUUGGCUGCUAUUCCGUUACUACCUCUCAUCGGAUGAACUGCCUCUUUCUACGAGGGGGCCUAAGUCUGUUGUCUACUUUCAGACAACCUUGCUCCGAUAUUGCCUCUUUCUGUUGAGCCUUCGUCUCCAAGCUGAUUAUGCGCUCCAAAUCGUACUACGUAUUACGGCGGAACAGGCACGAAUCGCGAAGAAAGCCCAAAUUGAUGCAGGCGGCUAUGUAUAG